AUACUGGAAGUUUUUAAGAAGGGACUGGACAGCCAUUUUUCCGAAAUGGUAUAGGGUUUCCUGCCUGAGCAAGAGGUUGGACUAGAUGACCUCCAAGGUCCCUUCCAACUUUACUACUACUACAUAUUACAUGUUUGCAGUGUGAUGUCUGGAUUGCCUGAAAAAAUACUAUUUUUCAGCAUCAGUGAAUUCUUACUGGAGAGAAACUUUAUCAGGGCUUAGGAUGUGGCAAAGGAUUUCAUCUGACAAUCAGGUCUUCAGAUGCCCUUGAAAAACCCACACAGGAGAAAAAACUUAACAUGUGUAGUGUGAGAAAACGUUUCCUUGCCAAUUGGAAUAUCUUGCCUCCUGGAGUUUGUCCGUUUGAAAUUGUCUCCUUGGAAAUUUUCUUGCCAACUUAAAAAUUGUAUAAUUUUCAUUUUCAGAAGUGAAAAUGAAAGUCUAAUGUGAGUGUGAAAAUCUAAAAUCUAAUGUGAAAUUCUCCGGAAUCAAAAAAGGACUCCUGCUAAGAUCUUGGAAGCCACCAAAAGUCUCUUUUGAGUUGGGCAGGAUGAAUACAUCCAGGAAAUAUAUACAGGCAGUCCUCGACUUAUUUUACGACCUUUUUAUCUACAGUUGCUGACAGGGGACACCGGGAAAAGUGGACAAAAUUCCAGUUCUGAGAUUUUCUGCGUUUGGAAAGCCCUGCAACUGAGAAGGCACCGGAAAUUAUCCUGGAUGGAGAAAUACUUUGAUAGAAAGUCCCCUCAGAGGAACCAGGAGAGACUCUUCAAGUGCUCUGAGUGCGAGAUAUCCUUUGCUCACAAAUCCCUCCUUUUGAUUAACUGGAAGCUGGACAAAGGGAAUGGAUCCCAUCUGUGUUUGAUGUGUGGGAACUGGUUUUGUGGUUGUGAAGCUUUGCGAAACAUCUCCGGAGCCACCCCGGACUGAAGCCCUACAAAUAGGGGAAGCAUUUUGCUAAAGGCUGGGACCUCAGAGCUCCUUAGCGUAUCCACCAGGGAAAGAGACCUCAGGAAGGCCUCAGUGUUUUUCCAGGCCUCAGAACAGCCCAACUGAAGAGAAACCCUGCAGUUGUGUUCAAUGUGGGCUUUGCUUUUCUCAAAUCUCAGAGAUGCUUAAACAUCAACAAAUCCACACUGGACAAAAACCUGAACAAUGUUUGGAGUGGAGGAAAUCUUUUCUUUGAAAAAGGGUCUCCAAAUCCAUGAGAAAAUUCACAUGGAAAUAAAACCUUAUAAAUGCUUCGAGUGUGGACAAUGUUUCACUCGGAGUUCAUCACUUUGCAAGCAUAAUAAAACACACACAGAGGAGGAAAGCAGAACGUGCCAAGAAUGUGGGAAAUGUCUUUCCAGCAAAUCAGCCCUGCAGCAACAUCAGACUGUCCACACUGGGGAGAGCCCUUAUGAAUGUCUGGAAUGUGGGAAAUGUUUUUCCAGGAAAUCAGUCCUGCAGCAACACCAGAUAAUCCACACUGGAGAAAGACCCCAUGAAUGCCCAGAAUGUGAGAAACGAUUUGGGCGUUCUUCCGCACUUCGGAGACACCAAAAGACGCACACGAGAGAAAAACUCUAUAAAUGUAACGAUUGUGAGAAAUGUUUUUCUCGAAAGGGAAGUCUUUUUCGACAUCAGAUCAUCCACACAGGGGAGAAACCCUAUCAGUGCAUCGAGUGUGGAAAAUUUUUUGGUUCAAUAGCAAAUCUCAGACAUCAUGAGAAAAUUCACAGAGGGGAAAAAAAAUUCAAAUGUUUAGACUGUGGGAGAGCAUUUAUUUAUUCAUCUUAUCUUAGAAAUCACUGGCAAGUCCAUUUAGGAGAGAAGCCCCAUAAAUGCUCGGAGUGCGAUAAAUUUUUUUCUAGGAGAGAUAGUCUUUUGAUACAUCAGACAAUGCACAGUGGAGAGAAACCAUAUAAAUGUCCGGAGUGUGGGAAGUCUUUUUCUUGUGAAGAAUAUCUUAAAAAACACGAGAAGAUUCACACAGGAAAGAAGCCUUACAAGCAUGUAGAAAGAAAGAAAAAUAAACUGUGCUCAGAAUGUGGGAGAUGUUUCUCCCAAAGGGGAUACCUAAUUCGACAUGAGAAACGUCACAUCGGAGACAGACCCUAUCAAUGCCCAGAAUGUGACAAGCAUUAUGUGGUGUCUGCUGAACUCCGGAGACACCAGAAGGGGCACACAGGAGAGAAGCCCUAUACAUGUGGGGAGUGUGGGAAAGGUUUUCUCAGAACAAGAACGCUUCGGGUUCAUGAGAGAAUCCACACAGGGGAGAAGCCGUACAAAUGUGUGGAGUGUGGGAAAUGCUUUUCCCGAAAAGACCACCUUGGACGUCAUGAAAAGGUCCAUCAAAAAAUGAAGCGAAAAGCCCUGCAACUGAGAAGGCACCGGAAAUUAUCCUGGAUGGAGAAAUACUUUGAUAGCAACACUCAGAGGAACCAGGAGAGACUCUUCAAGUGCUCUGAGUGCGAGAUAUCCUUUGCUCACAAAUCCCUCCUUUUGAUUAACCGGAAGCUGGACAAGGGGAAUGGAUCCCAUCUGUGUUUGCAGUGUGGAAACUCGCUGGGACAUCAGAGCUCCUUAGUGUAUCCACCAGGGAAAGAGACCUCAGGAAGGCCUCAGUGUUUUUCCAGGCCUCAGAACAGCCCAACUGAAGAGAAACCCUGCAAUUGUGUGCAAUGUGGGCUUUGCUUUUCUCAAAACUCAGAGAUGCUUAAACAUCAACAAAUCCACACUGGACAAAAACCUUAUCAGUGUCUGGAGUGGGGGAAAUCUUUUGUUGGAAAAACAAGACUCAAAAUCCACGGGAAAAUUUACAUGGAAAUAAAGCCUUAUAAAUGCUUCAACUGUGGAAAAUGUUUCACUCGGAGUUCAUCACUUUACAAACAUAAUAAAACACACACAGAGGAGGAAAGCAGAACGUGCCAAGAAUGUGGGAAAUGUCUUUCCAGCAAAUCAGCCCUGCAGCAACAUCAGACAGUCCACACUGGGGAGAGACCUUAUCAAUGUCUGGAGUGUGGGAAAUGUUUUUCCACCAAAUCAGCCCGGCAGCGACAUCAGACAGUCCACACUGUUGAGAGACCUUAUGAAUGUCUGGAAUGUGGGAAAUGUUUUUCCAGGAAAUCAGUCCUGCAGCAACACCAGAGAAUCCACACUGGGGAAAGACCCUAUGAAUGCCCAGAAUGUGAGAAACGAUUUGGAAGUUCUUCCACACUUUGGAGUCACCAAAAGACGCACACGAGAGAAAAACUGUAUAAAUGUAACGAUUGUGAGAAAUGUUUUUCUCUAAGGGAAAAGCUUUUUCAACAUCAGAUCAUCCACACAGGGGAGAAACCCUACCAGUGCAUCGAGUGUGGAAAGUGUUUUUGUUCGAUAGCAAAUCUCAGACAUCAUGAGAAAAUUCACAGAGGGGAAAAAAAAUUCAAAUGUUUAGACUGUGGGAAAGCAUUUAUCCAAUCAGCUCAUCUUAGACGUCACUGGCAAGUCCAUAUAGGAGAGAAGCCCCAUAAAUGCUCAGAGUGCGAUAAAUGUUUUUCUAAGAAAAAUAGACUUCUGAUACAUCAGAGACUCCACAGUGGAGAGAAACCAUAUAAAUGUCCAGAGUGUGGGAAGUCUUUUUCUUGUGAACAAUAUCUUAGACAACACAAAAUGAUUCACACAACAAAGAAAUCUUACUUGUGCGUAGAAAGAAAUAAAAAUGAAAUGUGUUCAGAAUGUGGGAGAUGUUUCUCCCAAAGGUCACACCUAAUUCGACAUGAGAGACUUCACACUGGAGACAGGCCCUAUCAAUGCCCAGAAUGUGGGAAGCGAUUUGUGGAGUCUUCUGAACUCCAGAGACACCAGAGGGGGCACACAGGGGAGAAGCCCUAUAAAUGUGGGGAUUGUGCGAAAGGUUUUCUCACAGCAACACUGCUUCGGGUUCAUGAGAGAAUCCACACAGGGGAGAAACCGUACAAAUGUGUGGAGUGUGGGAAAUGCUUUUCCCAAAAACAACACCUCAGAAGUCAUCAAAAGGUCCAUCAAAGAAUGAAGCCAUAAAGACUCAUAAAGUGUAGAAAUGUUUUGCUCAAAAGGGAGGUAUCAGAAAACUCAUAUGGGAAAAGGCCUAACAGGCCCUGAUGGUGGAACAGUUUUUCUUUUUUUUUUAUUGAAAGAGUUUUAUUGACAAUUAACAAAAAAUUUUAAACCCACAAACCCAC